UACAACUCGAAAGUAAAUACUAUGGCUGAUCCACUGACCGGAUAUGCCCACUCAGCCGCCUUCGAUAUAGGGAGACUGCCCGUGAGCGAUAUUCAUACUCUGCAUUAUGAGCAGUAUGGCAAACAAGAUGGGAAACCAGUCCUCUACGUGCACGGCGGACCUGGCGGGCACACCUCAUAUGGCAACACGAAAUUCUUCAACCCAGCCAUCUACCGCGUGGUACUGUUCGACCAACGUGGCGCCGGGAAAUCAACGCCCGCAGCCGAAUUACGCGAGAAUACAAGUCAGCACCUAGUCUCCGACAUUGAAGUUCUGCGUGAACACCUCCAAAUAACGAAAUGGCACCUCGUCUUCGGUGGUUCGUGGGGAUCAACCCUGUCCCUGCUUUAUGCACAAGCCCACCCGGAGAUGGUAGGCUCCCUAAUACUACGCGGAAUAUUCGCCGCCAGGAAAUCAGAACUGGAAUUCUCGCGUGGGCCCAUUGGCGCAGCAAAUAUCUUCCCUGAAGCAUACGAAGCAUUUCUCAAUUAUCUCCCCGAAAAAGAUCGGGCGAGACCGAACGAGGCGUACUAUGAUCUCCUUGUUUCGGAGGAUUAUGAGACAAGGCUCGCUGCGGCGAGAGAGUGGAAUCGGUGGGAUCUGAGUAUUGGGACUUUGAGACCGGAGCCUGAGGGUUUUGCUCAGCUCGAAGAUGAUGCGUGGGUGCUUGCUCAUGCGAGACUCGAGGCGCAUUACUUUGCAAAUGGGGUGUUUUUGGAAGAAGGUCAGAUUCUCAAGGAGCAGAAUUUGAGGAGGAUAAGCCAUAUUCCGACCACUAUUAUCCAGGGCCGUUAUGAUAUUGUCUGCGCACCGCAGACGGCUUGGGAUCUGCAUAAGGGCUUGCCGGACUCACGGUUGUUUUGGACUCCUGAUGCUGGUCAUAGUGCUAGUGAACCUGGCACGCAGGCCAAACUGUUCGAGGUCUGUGACGAGUACGCCGAGCUUGACUUUACUUACUGAAGGUGCUUGAAUAAUUGGUUACAUCCUGUCUUUUUAUCCAUAAUAUUAUCUCCAUCAUAGUCUUCUCACCAUAUAAAACAAGAAUACAUAGUCGAU